AGAUGGCGACGGCCUUGAGCGAGGAGGAGCUGGACAAUGAAGAUUAUUACUCGCUGUUGAACGUGCGCAGAGAGGAUGGGGAUUCCGAUGCCAACCUCAAGAAGUUUUAUAUUAAAGUCUUAAAUGAGGAUAUAUCAGUGGAAGUAUCCUGCCUCUUAUGAAGAGCUGAAAGCUGCCUACCGGAGGCUGUGUAUGCUCUACCAUCCAGACAAGCACAGAGACCCAGAGCUCAAAUUACAAGCUGAAAGGCUAUUUAACCUUGUUCACCAGGCUUAUGAAGUGCUUAGUGACCCCCAAACCAGGGCCAUCUAUGAUAUAUAUGGGAAGAGAGGACUGGAAAUGGAAGGAUGGGAGGUUGUGGAAAGGAGGCGAACACCAGCUGAAAUUAGAGAAGAGUUCGAGCGGCUGCAGAGAGAGAGGGAAGAAAGGAGACUGCAACAGCGAACCAAUCCCAAGGGAACCAUCAGCGUUGGAGUAGAUGCCACUGACCUUUUUGAUCGUUAUGAGGAGGAAUAUGAAGAUGUCUCAGGAAGUGGCUUUCCGCAGAUUGAAAUUAACAAAAUGCACAUCUCCCAGUCCAUCGAGGCACCCUUGACGGCUACAGACACAGCCAUUCUCUCUGGAAACCUCUCGACCCAGAAUGGAAAUGGAGGGGGCUCCAUUAACUUUGCGCUCCGACGGGUCACUUCCGCCAAGGGGUGGGGAGAGUUAGAAUUUGGAGCUGGAGAUCUACAGGGGCCUUUAUUCGGUCUAAAGCUCUUCCGUAAUCUCACGCCAAGAUGCUUUGUUACGACAAACUGUGCCCUGCAGUUCUCAUCCCGGGGAAUCCGGCCCGGCCUCACCACCGUCCUCGCGCGGAACCUGGACAAGAACACUGUGGGCUAUCUACAAUGGCGAUGGGGGAUCCAGUCAGCCAUGAAUACAAGCAUCGUCCGGGACACCAAGACUAGCCACUUCACUGUGGCCCUGCAGCUUGGAAUCCCGCACUCCUUUGCACUGAUCAGCUAUCAGCACAAGUUCCAGGAUGACGACCAGACUCGGGUGAAGGGAUCCCUGAAGGCGGGCUUCUUUGGGACAGUGGUGGAGUACGGAGCCGAGAGGAAGAUCUCCAGGCAUAGUGUGUUAGGUGCUGCUGUUAGCGUUGGCGUCCCACAGGGUGUUUCUCUCAAAGUCAAAUUAAACAGAGCCAGUCAGACUUACUUCUUCCCGAUCCAUUUGACAGAUCAGCUUCUCCCCAGUGCUGUGUUCUACGCCACCGUGGGGCCUCUGGUAGUCUACUUCGCUAUGCAUCGUCUGAUCAUCAAACCAUAUCUCAGGGCUCAGAAAGAAAAGGAGUUGGAAAAGCAGAGGGAAAGCACAGCCACGGACAUUCUGCAAAAGAAACAAGAGGCAGAAGCUGCCGUUCGGUUGAUGCAGGAAUCUGUCCGAAGAAUAAUUGAGGCAGAAGAGUCCAGAAUGGGGCUCAUCAUCCUGAAUGCCUGGUAUGGGAAGUUUGUUAACGACAAGAGCAGGAAGAACGAGAAGGUCAAGGUGAUUGACGUGACUGUGCCCCUGCAGUGCCUGGUGAAGGACUCCAAGCUUAUCCUCACAGAAGCUUCCAAGGCUGGGCUGCCAGGGUUCUAUGACCCAUGUGUGGGUGAGGAGAAGAAUCUGAAAGUGCUCUACCAGUUCCGGGGUGUUCUGCACCAAGUGAUGGCGCUGGACAGCGAGGCCCUGAGGAUACCAAAGCAGUCUCACAGGAUUGAUACAGAUGGAUAAACUACUUGAUAAACCAGAUUAAAAAGAGGCUGCAAAAAAUCUUGUCCUGGGAGUCUACAAAUUUGGAAGCAGGGAAAAACCCCAAACAUCAGAUGUUUUUAUUUUGUAUUAUUUCUGUAAACAGUGGUACUGUAUCAGUUAUGUGCGGGGACAGGCAGACACCCCAGCUCUCACGGGUACUGCAGGAAGAGCUUAGGCAGCCCCAUGUGAACCAGAACCGCUGCACAGCCUGUGUCUGUUGUCCCAAGGAUCAUGUUCCUGGAGGGAGGGACCCCGGACUCUUCUGGUCCCCACCAAGCUCCUCAGUGUGUGCUGACUGCCGCCUGCCACCAGUAGUUCUCGUUCUGUUUUGAGGUGUUCAUGGAGCGUCCCACCCUCAACGCUUAGGACUGUGAACUACUUUUCCUAAAACCCAAACUGAACAUGGAAGGGCAAAAGGAAGGAAGGAGUUUCCCACACUGAGGCCUCCAGGACCAAGUGAGCCUCUACUCGGCCGGCUUCCUCAACACCACCUCUCGCUGUUGAAAUGUUACUGAGUUAAUCUGGAGAGCAUUCUGGGAUUAUAUUCUUUCUCUCUGAGAACAUCUGGGUUUAGAAAUUGGUCUCUUUCCUCCUGCUCCCAGAACAUCUCAGAGCGACCAUUCCAACUGCCCGUGGCCUGGAACAGUGGUGCAACCCCCAGUCCCAGGGCCUACCCCUGUCCCAGGUCCCUUCUUUCCAGAAGUCACCAAAGUCCUCUGGUGGGAAAAGGCCCGAAGGCCAGUGGCUGCAAGCUACACUUCUCUACCCUGCACACAGCUGAGCAGGACCUGCCCGUACCCACCCAGAUCUACAAUACAGGGUUCCAGUGGAGAGGCUCACAAGGAAAAAGCGGAGCAUUAGGUUGUAGGGAGUUAAAGACCAGGGCUUCAGACAUGUGCCAAACUCUGAGGAGGGAGAACACAAGGAAGGCUGCCUGGGUGUGAGGGAGGUGUGGAGCCCGGCUCCCUCCUGCCCUGCGCCUGUCCCAGGCUUGAGCACCCAGCAGAUGGCACUGCUGCUCCCCACACACCUCAUUGCAGCUGUCUCCUUGCCUUCUGGGGUGUGGCUCUGGUCCCAAGACCCUUUCUUCUCUUGCCUGUUCUACUGGCACAGCAUUCUUUAGGAGCCGAGAUGCCCCUAUUCAGCCAGCUCUGAUAACUGACGUGAACAACUGCCCACUGAGCUGGGGGAUCUGCUGUCCCAGCCAUAACUGGCAGGAUCGCUGGGCUCCUGGGAGAGCCCAGCUUCCUGGAAUGACCCAGGCACGGGAGCGUAAGGCUGCUGGGCAGUGGCUGACUGCUGGUCCUGGCUAGUUGACCGGCCACUCCCCUACAGCCAUGGCAAAAAUCCGGCUCCAUUCACCUGGCACUGGUACCAAUCAUUGCCGACAACCCCCUCCCUCAAAUUCUUAAACAUAGUUCAGGUUGUAUAAUCACCAUUUAAACAAACAAACCUCUCUAACCUGAACCCUAAACGUGAAUCGUGCAAUAAACCUUGUGUUAAACGGAUCGCUCUAUGGAAGCAGCCCCAUGUGGCAGGUGGUUCUUCCAAGCACCGAAUUUUCUUCAUUUUGUUUGAAGUUGAUUGUACAAAAGGCACUCUCGCACCAUAAUAAACCUUUCCAGAAAGCGGGGGAUCGCA